UGAUGGAGAGACGCAGAGAGAAAGGGGGAGAGAGGGAAGACGGGGGGAAGUGAGAGGAUAACUGGCUGUUUGCUCACUCUUGUCUUCUUGCUCCCCCUCCUGUCCAUUCACUUCCACUUACAGACAGCAGCGAGGCAGCAGGAUGGACGGAAAGGUUCCCACGUGAAAGCCAGGAAUCCACGGGAGGAAGGGAGAUAGAACAAGAAGAAGAUACAAAGCAGAGAGGACAGGGGGAGAGGGAAAGGGGGAGACAGAUGGACUGCAAACAGAGGGGUGUGAGGCUGUGACCGAGAGGUGGGGAUAAGAGCAAACAUGAACGCCGGAGGGAUGGAGGAAACGUGAAGGAAUAGCGGAGGAGAAGAGGAGCGUUUGUGGGAGGGAGAGGAGCCACAGAGGGGGGAGAAAGAUGAGGAACUCACGCUGUGUUUCAAACCAUGAGAGGAUGAGUCAUCGAGAGAAGAGCUAAGAAAAGAAGAGCGAGAGAUAAAGUCCAAAGCAAAGGAGAACAAAAAAAGAAGUUGAAAUAGAUAGGCCAUUAUGGGGAAGUCUGCAGGCCGGCCCCGUACUUUGGGCAUCCAAUCACCCGAGGGCCCAGGGGACAAAGCAGGUGGAGACUGAGUAUCUGCCAAGUUGACGAGCUGAUGUGACGCAGAAAGAUGGACAGGCUGCAUUUCCUUCCUCCCAGCUUAUUUACCGGUCUGAAGAGUUCGUCUCCCUGGAAAUUCAAAGAGAAAUAAGUGGACAACUUGAGAAGAUAUGGGAGUGAACGUACACUCUUUACAUGCUAAAGAGUAUCUGAUGCUGCAUAUAUUUUUGUACGAGGUAGAUUAAUUCUAGGGGUAAGCAAUGAUCACGGUGAUCUACACUUAAUUUGUACUUACUGUGCUUAAAAUAUUCUUGAACUGUGAAUCCUUUCCGGAGGACAAUCUUUUAGCUGCAGAGGAAGUCCUUGGUGUGCAGAUUUGAGAAAACCUGCACACAACUCUGUGAUGAAACUCAGUCAAUCAACUGUGCACUGUUGUGAUGACAAUAUAGUAAAGAGGGGAUCGCUUUCCUUGUUGCCGCACUGACACAUCUAAGCCUUCACGACAUCAAACAGACUGUGGAUGUUGGGGCAGCGAGAGAAACCAGAGACAUGGUGAGCAAAGAGCCCAACCACGUGCUCACGGGCCAAACCAACGGCAAGAGCACCACGUUGGCCGACAAGCUUCCCGGGACGAUGACCGUACGCUCGGUGCUGCUCAACCGCGACUCCCCAGACAUCGAGAGCCGCCUCAAGCGCCGCAGAAACCGAACGCACCAGGUCCGCUUCAAAGACCUGGAAGAUGGCAGCAGCAGCAGCGGAAACAGCGGCACCGGAGAACACAACAGCCACCCAAGGCCUGAUUGUGACAGCCCGCAUCCUCUCCGAAAACACAGGUCGCCAAAACCGUGGAUGGACAGGGACGGACCGCGGACUCUACCUGAGCAAACGUCCGUGGUUGGGGUUGUUCGUGGGGAUAUGGCGAGUACUAUAGAGGUGGUGGCUGCUUUCUUAGCGAGAGCCCCGCCUCAUCCGUUGACUCCAGGGCCGACGCGUCGAUGCUGGGCUCCACCGCAGCCCAACUUCUUGACUUUACCGAUGACACGGAGGACGAACGCGAGCACCAGCACCGCCAUCGCCAUCCAGACCUCCCCAUGCUUGAAGAAGUCCUCACACACUCGUAGUCAAAGCCUCGGGGAUUCGCGGGGGAUGGAUGGCGAUGACGAACACGAUUCGCAGGAUGAGUAUCUCGCCCACAACCACGUGUCGGCGUCCAAGGAUCAUAACGGUCCUGCUGGGGAUUAUACGGCGGUGGAACGGAGGUCGAAACCCUCCAGGACGGACUUUAAAUCGGCUGUUAGCGUGGUGAAGAACUCUCGCCACAGCUGCCCGCCAUCAGUGCUUCACAACGUGGACGCAUUUCACUGCUCCAUGGUGGCCAGUCGAGACGGAUCCAAGCGCCAGGGCAGCAGCACCCCCGCAGCGAUACGGAGGAGAAAACGAUUUAACCGGACAACAAGCGAUCCUGGGAAGGAAGUGCACCACUGCACCACUCCCACCCAGACUGAAAGCCCCAGAAAAUCCCCUUCAAAUAACAAACUCUGCACCACUCAAGUUCAAACUGAGAGCCCCUCCCCGCCACAAGACUCAAAGUUCUGCACCGCGCAAAGUCAAACUGAGAGCCAAACGAAAACUCCCCCGGUGAUUGAGAAACAAUGCACAAUUAGAACCGCCCAUUCUGAGCCAUGCACCACCCAAAUACAAACAGACUCGCUUCCAAAUCAUGAACCUUGCACCAUCCAGACACAAACCUGCAGCCCCUGUGCUUCCGCACCUCCGACAGUCUCUCUGAGCUCCAUGCAAAAUCAAUCGGAGAGUCCUGUAUCCCCGCAUCCCACCACCCAAAUAACUAUUGUGCCUUACUGUACCUCCCCGUCACCUGUAAAAACCCCUGAACACUGCGUCAAACCCCCUUGCUCAACUGCACCUCCACCAAUUGCACUUUCCAUUCCCUGCUCCACUUCUUCUCCUACGGUCCUCCAACACCCGAUCCCUUAUUAUACGGUUGUGUCACCACCUUCGACUCCAAAUGUAGCUGUUGUUUGCUCCAGUCCUCCCUCAAAUGCACCAUCAUGCAUCACCCAAAACUGCACCUCCCCUAUCCCAAACAUAGUAUCACCUUCUCCCUUAACCUGUUCCACCCCGACUCGAUCUGUAACCCCAAAUAUAACCCCUUGGGACCCCGUUAGACCUCAAACUCCUGCCACAAAAGUAACACAUCAGCUGCACAAUGCUUCAAACGCUACACCACCUACAAAUGCACCAUCAUGCAUCACCCAAAACUGCACCUCCCCUAUCCUAACCACAGUAUUGUCAGCUCCCCUAACCUGUUCCACCCCUACCCCAACUUUAACACCUAAUAUAACCCCUUGGGACCCCAUUAGACCUCAAACUCCUUCUACAAAGGUCACGCGUCAGCUGCUCAAUGCUUCGAACGCUACACCUCCUACAAAUGCACCAUCAUGCAUCACCCAAGACUGCACCUCCCCUAUCCCAACCAUAGCACCACCAGUUCCUCUGACCAGUUCCACCCCUACUCCAACUGUAACCCCUUGUGACCCCAUUAGACCUCAAACUCCUUCUACAAAGGUCACGCAUCAGCUGCACAAUGAUUUGAACGCUACAGCUCCUACAAAUGCAACACUGUCCAUCACCCAAAACUGCACCUCCCCUAUACCAAACAUAGCCCCACCAGUUCCUCUGACAUGUUCCACCCCUACCCCAACUUUAACCCCUAAUAUAAACCCCUGUGACCCCAUUAGACCUCAAACCCCACCCACAAAUGUUACAAACCAGCUUCACAAUGCAUCAACCGGUCCUGCAAAUGCAACAUCAUGCAUCACCCAAGACUGCACCUCCCCUAUCCCAAACAUAUUAUCAUUUUCUCCCUUAACCUGCUCUACCCCUACCCCAACUUUAACCCCUAAUAUAACCCCCUGUGACCCCAUUAGACCUCAAACUCCUGCGACAAAGGUCACGCCUCAGCUGCACAAUGCUUUGAACGCUACACCUCCUACAAAUGCACCAUCAUGCAUCACCCAAAACUGCACCUUCCCUAUCCCAACCAUAGCACCACCAGUUCCUCUGACAUGUUCCACCCCUACUCCAACUGUAACCCCUUGUGACCCCAUUAGACCUCAAACUCCGGCCACAAAUGUUACAAACCAGCUUCACAAUGCAUCAACCGGUCCUGCAAAUGCAACAUCAUGCAUCUCCCAAAACGGCACCUCCCCUAUCUUAAACAUAGCCCCACCUCUGACCUGUUCUACCCCCACUCUAAUACCUAAUAUAACCCCCUGUGACACUAUGAGACCUCCAACACAGAAUGCAUUAAAUGCUACACCUCCUACACAUCAGCUACCACUCAAUGCAUCACCGACUGCAAAUGCAACCCCAUGCACAUUUGUAACUCAAACUGCCAUGUCCUGCACCUCCAUCACAUAUUACUCCACCACUAAUUCAGUUAGUCCCCAUGCACCUCACCAAACUACGCCUUCGUACGCCACUCUCAUACAAACUGUGUCUCAUUGCAACAUCCCUCUGCAAAACGCCUCCCUCACAGGAAUCACCCCCUACUCCUCCCCGGUGCCCAAACUCAGAUCCUGCACAUCCCCUCCUCUGGUGAACACGUCCAAUCUUCCAAAUGCAACCCCGACUAAAGCUGUUCCUCUUUAUUCUUCCACGUUUCGCGCCGCGCCGCCGUACACUCCCCCCGCUCAGGCUCAGGACAAGAGGGGCAUCCGACUUCCGCCUCCUCCCCCGCCUCCACCUCCGCCUUACACGCCGCGCAAAACGGGAAAUGAUCCACCGUGUGCGACUGCGACUCGGACACCCAUGCUCAGGACAGACAGCAAGGCGGGGAAGAAGGACAAAGAAGUGGAGAAGGAGAAAAGGGAAGAUGUGAAACGUUCAGACACACCCAAACUCUGUGGGAGAUCCAGUUCUCUGAGGCACAGAGCUCAAACUCCACCAGUCGCUGUGAUGAAGGGGGAGAAACCGUGCUCCUCCUCGUCCUCCUCUUCUUCUCCUGCCAAGGCCUGUUUUAAGUCCAGCUGCCUCAGCUCAGCCCAGGCUCAGCUCGGGGUGCUGCACAAAAUGCUCUGCUCAGGACCCAACGCCAGGCCCGGCACCCCCAACAGAGCGCUGCCGCAAAACUGCUCUGGAGGAAGAGGUUGUUCUGCUGCUGGGGGCCGACCCACAGCGGGGCCCCUGACCUCCACCCAGGCCGAAACACUGAGACAAGUGCAGGAGAUUCUGGGAGGCCUGGUGUCGGGGGCCAGGUGUAAACUGGACCCGGCUAAAGUGGCCGAGAAGCUCCUGGGUCCGAACGGCCCGCUGCACGAUAUCCGCAGCCUGCAGACCCAGCUGCAGAGCCUGGAGGGGGUCCUGGAGACCAGCCAGAACACCAUCAAGGUCCUGCUGGAUGUCAUUCAAGACCUUGAGAAGAAGGAAGCCGAGAGAGACGGAAGACAUUCAUACCAUACCGGACAGGACAUUGAGAACUGUGGGACCUGCAGGGACUGCGCCUGCAUCAUCUACAGUGUAGAGCAUGACUUCCGUCUGCAGGAGGGCCAGGUGGUCCGCACGUGGAAGGUGGGCGACCCCCCUGAAGGCUCCCCACAGACCCCCACUCCCCAACCCUCCACUCCACAACAACUGGACUCCCCUCAGGCGGAAAGACCCCCCGCCACCACCAAGAAGAACCGGAAGAAAUGUUUCUGGUUCCUCUGAGUGCGAGAGAACAGAGACAUUUUGAUACCGUAAUGCACUGCGUACUAAAAAAAAAAAGCCCCACAGAUGAUGAACUACGAACAAAACGAGCGGACUGAAUUAAAAUGCAAACUGUGGGAGGAGAGAUUUUACCGCUGGAGUCGAUGAGAAUGGUUUGACUGGGGCAAACAUGUUGUUGCUGCUUUGAAAAAAUGCCUCUUCAGCACUUCCAGGUCAGAUUCUGGCGCAGGGAAGUAAAAGUGCUGAAGUCAAAUAAAAGCAAAAGUUCAGUGCACAACAUGACUCACAGUUAUGAAGCAAUUAGGAGAUAUAUAUGGGGGUGGGACGGGGCAGGGGGCACCGUACAAGAGGCAAUACAGAGCAGAGGAGGGAGGAUAUUUAUAAAUGUAUAAAGUUUAUAGGCAGAGAGAGAAAAAUACAGAAGGGAUUCAUCUUCAUUAUGGACUAAUGAGGGUCAGAACACCAGCUUUUAUAUCCAGAGACAUUUAAAAAGAAUUAUUAUGACCUGUAUUUAAAUCUUUUAAUAUACUGUAAUUGAUGCAACAUGUCUACACACACACACACACACAGCACACACACACACACACACACACACACACACACACACAAAUGAUAUAUAUACAUAAAACGGAAUAUAUAUAAAUUGAGAAAAUGAGUAAGAUGAGUUCUGCUUGGAUGAUUUAUUUCAGAUAUGGAUUACUGCUCUA